AUGCGUGAACUAAUAAUUCUGAUAUUUGGAUUAAUCGUGUGCAUUCAAUUAUGCAAUGGAGAAGAGAAUAUUACGACUCAGCAAUGUGAAGCCCAUUGUGAUCUACCAUGCAAAGCAAAUGCAUUCUGCUCUGAACCUGAUAUUUGCGCUUGUAAUCCGGGAUAUCUCGCUAAGGAUGGCGUUUGCGAACCAGUCUGCAGCAACAAAUGUCCAGAUAAAAGUCACUGUGUGGCACCCAAUACAUGUUCUUGCCCUCUAGAAUUCGAGUGGGACCAGAGCUUUGAAAAAUGCCUUCCAAAGUGUACACCCAAAUGUGGAUUGAACAGCUACUGCCACAAGACGGAUGAAUGCAAGUGCCGAACAGGAUAUGAGCCCAACGAUUUGAUGAGCCUCAGUUGUCACUUUUCCUAUCCUUUGUGGGUUUACUUGAUCGUUGUCGUUCUCACUCCUCCUCUUGUCGGCAUAACCUACUGCUGCAUGGCAACUUGUGGGCCACAUGGCGUCUGCAUAAGUCCUGAAACAUGUGGCUGUAAUACAGGCUAUCGUAAGAAUAAAAAGACUCAGCAAUGUGAAGCCCAUUGUGAUCUACCAUGCGGAGCAAAUGCAUUCUGCUCCGAACCUGAUAUUUGCACUUGUAAUCGGGGAUAUCUCGCUAAGGAUGGCGUUUGCGAACCAGUCUGCAGCAACAAAUGUCCAGAUAAAAGUCACUGUGUGGCACCCAAUACAUGUUCUUGCCCUCUAGAAUUCGAGUGGGACCAGAGCUUUGAAAAAUGCCUUCCAAAGUGUACACCCAAAUGUGGAUUGAACAGCUACUGCCACAAGACGAAUAAAUGCAAGUGCCGAACAGGAUAUGAGCCCAACGAUUGGAUGAGCCUCAGUUGUCACUUUUCCCAUCCUUGGGGUUUUCUUGAAAAUUUUCGCUUUCGCACCGUGGUGGCCCACGUAACGACUUUGCUGAUAUGCUACUGCUACGUUUUGGCGUCAACGUUGACGUCGCUGCCUUCGUGA